AUGUCAAUAGUGAUACCGGUACUCUUGAUGCAACUUUGGGCGCACGACAUUAAGGUUGAUGCUCAAUUUGAAACAGAGGCCCAGAAGGGAAUAAAGAUCAGGAGCAAUUACUGUUUGAAGGUGGUAAACAUUAUUACCAGACUGAAACUGCACUUGGCAAGAGUUGGUGGAGUGCCCAAUGAGGCAGUAAUUGUGCAAAAGAAUCUUCACUUGGAUGAAAAGGCUUUUAAGCAGUUUAGGGAAAAGCUCAAAGCUCAAGAAGAACAAUAUAGGAAAAUUCAAGAGACCACCAACCACCAGCAUAAUGAGAAGGUGCAAGAGGUGGAAGAAAAGAACUAUGAAUUGGAGAUCCUAGGGGAUCAGCCCGGGGUCAAAGAAAAGGAGUUACUUUCCAAGGAUGAUGAGAUGGAUAGGCUUAGGGAACGAGCAAAAGGUGCCGAGAUACCAAGCAUGACAAAGGUGAGUCCACACAUUGAAUCUUCCGAGUCAGAUACGACUGUUCACGAUACAGAACCGCAAAUAUCUGAAAGCUCUUGCAGUUCUGAUUCUGAUGAAGAUGUGGGAGAACAGAAUGAAGUUGAUAGUCCUGAGUCUUUGGAGGAUGCAUUUAUUUUUUACAAGGAAUAUGGCCGUAUAUGUGGUUUUGAUGUGAGAAAGUAUACGAAAAGAACUGAUAGGUUUGGGAAUUUGUAUGCCAAAUAUUUAAUAUGCAAUCGAGGUGGUUCUUCUAGGCCCAAAAAAUUGUUAGAUGAUGUAGGUAAUGUUGUUGAAGGUCCAUUCAGGAAGACAUCUUCUAAAAGAUGUAAUUUUCCGGCACAAGUUGUGUUGAAGACUGCAGGUAACAGGGGUUUUGUACUCAUGGGUUUUAUCGAGGAACACAAUCACCCUCUUGUUUCAGGCGCAGGACGCAUGUUUUUACGGUGUAACAGGCAUCUGUCUCAUGCUUAUCAACAAUUUAUAAUGGACUGUGCCCGGGCUAACAUAGGUGCAACACGCGCCCAUAGCUUGGUAAAAGAAAUGACUGGAUCAUAUGAGAACGUCGGUGCCACUAUUUCUGAUUUUAAGAAUUUUUCGAGGGAUGUCAAAGUCCGAAUUGGGGAUCAUGACACCGACAAGUUACUUGGGAAAUUGAAGGAUCGAAGGAGCAAACCUGAAAACUCAUUCUAUUAUGAUUACAAAGUUGAUAAGAAAGGUCAUUUGACUGGACUUUUUUGGACUGAUGCCAUUGGGCAAGCAAAUUACGAAGUUUUUGGCGAUAUUGUCUCAUUUGAUCCUACAUUUCGCACUAAUAAUUACAACAUGGUCUUUGUCCCUUUUACCGGCGUUGACAAUCACUGGAAGAAUGUGACCUUCGCGGCUGGACUUCUAUCGAAUGAAAAAUAUAAAAGUUUUAAGUGGCUAAUUAACACAUUCAAGACAGUAAUGGGACGCGCACCUUCAUGUGUGAUUACCGAUCAGUGCCCUGCAAUAAGAAAAGCAUUGGAGAAAUGGUGGCCUUCCACAAAGCAUCGUCUUUGUAUGUGGCAUAUUAUGAAUAAAUUGCCUCUAAAGGUUGGUCUUAAAUUGGCUUGUAAUAAGAAGUUUGUGGAGAAGUUAAAGUCUGCAGUGUAUUCUGAUCACCUUACACCUCACGCUUUUGAAGAACAUAUUGAAAUGGCUGGAUUGUUAAGAACCACAUCUAGAUCAGAGAGUUCCAAUUUCUUUUUCCAGCAUUAUCAUGAAAGUGGUGACACAUUAGUUGAGUUUUUCUCUAGCUUCGAAAGUGCCAUGGACAAGCAGCGUAUGAGAAAUGCAGAUGACGAGAGGAGAUCUGAGCAGAUUCCAUUAACUGUUACCUCAAUGAGCAUAGAGUUAGAUGCCUCAAAGAUACCUCGUGAUUUUGUGAAGCCGCGAUGGCAGAAAAAUGCCAUUAGAAACCAUUCCUUUCUAAGUUCAAGCAAUAAUGGUGAUACAUGCGUAGACCGUGAUAGAGCAAAGCUAAAAAGGACUCGUGCAUGGUUUGAAUUCAAUAAUUGCAUUAAUCUGGCCGGAGAUAGCGAAGAGUUCCUUGAUACUGUUCUUAAUGGACUUCAGUGCACUCGUCCCUUUCUGAAAAGAAAGGUUCAUGCAACAUAG